AUGUCACAACAACAUGACAUAACAGACAGGAUGAGAGGCAUUCUCAUCGAUUGGCUAGUUGAGGUUCAUUACAAAUUUGAACUGAUGGAAGAGACGUUAUAUCUAACGGUCAACCUCAUUGACCGAUUCCUGGAACGUCAAACCGUGUCAAGGAAGAAACUGCAGCUUGUUGGGGUGACAGCCAUGCUUCUUGCAUGCAAAUAUGAAGAAAUCUCAGUCCCUGUUGUUGAGGACUUUAUUGUAAUUUCAGACAAGGCUUACACUAGAUCCGAAGUUCUUGACAUGGAGAAGGUAAUGGUGAAUACCCUUCAGUUCAAUCUCUCGGUUCCCACUCCAUAUGUGUUUACUAAAAGAUUUCUCAAAGCUGCACAAUCUCAGAAAGAGUUGGAGGCAUUAGCAUUCUAUUUGAUGGAUCUGUGUCUUGUGGAGUAUGAAAUGGUGAAAUUCCCACCUUCUUUACUGGCAGCAGCUGCAGUUUUCACUGCAGAAUGCACUCUCAAUGGAUCAAAGAAAUGGACAAAAACAACUCAACUUCAUUCACACUAUUCUCAGCAUCAACUUUUGGAAUGCUCGAAGAUGAUGGUUGCUUUACACCAAAAAUCAGGCACAGGGAAACUUGUUUCAGUGUUCAAGAAAUAUGGCACAUCCAAAUAUGGCCAUGUGGCACGAACCCAGUCUCCUGCUCACUUCAUGUUGGAGCCAAGAUUCUGGGAUUGAUUAUGAAAAUUUAGGAGUUUGUUGAUGUUAAAGAAAAACUGAAGUUUUUGAUGUCUUCAGAGCAAUGUAUAGUUGCUCUUAGGUUUUUUAGGAGUUCCUACAACUAUUUAGACCCGUUUGUUCUAUUUGUGUUUGAUGAUUUCUUAACUAUCUGUGUUUACAAUGUUUCUAAGUAUUGUUUUAAUGCGAG